AUGGCUCGUUGUCAAGGGUCAACAUUAUGUUUCACGUUCUUCCACAUCGAAGAGCCGUCACCGUUAGAGACCCUUGGUAUCCUCUCUUUCGACGCCGUUAAAACAAUGUGUCGCCUCGUCUCCCUCUACAAAUCAUUAACCGACGUCGAAAUCCACAAACUCCGUCGCCACGUCAUCAAAUCCAGAGGCGUUGCCAACCUUAAUUCCCCCGACGAAUGUUUCCUCCUAAACCUCGCUUGCGCCGAACGCCUCGAGGAUCUCAACUUAGCCGCCGCAGCCGUCUCGCGUCUCGGCUCGCGUUGCUCGAGCAAGAGCCUCAUCCAUUUCGACGCUGUGUAUGCUGAUAUGAAAAACGGUGGCGUGGAUUUGAAGAAACUUGAAUUCGGCACGAAGAAUGUCGAGAAGGUGAUUGAGAAAAUGGAGAAACUCGUUUCUGCAACGAGGAAUCUUCUGAAUUCUAUGGAGUCUUUGUCUGAAAUGGAAGUUUCGGAGAAGAAGAUGCAGAGAUGGAGAACAAUGAGAGUUAAUAAUGGGCUUAAGGUGAAAGUUGAAUGUUUCAAUGAUAGGAUCAUUUUUCAUAAGAGACAAGUGCAAUAUUAUAAACAAAUUUCGCUUUGGAAUUUAACGUUUGAUAAAGUUGCUGGAAUGGAACAUAGUGAAUUGUAUAAGAUAAACAUUAGUAUAUUUGAUAAAGAAGAGGAAUCAUUGAAGAAAAAAAACAAAAAUGAUGGUUAUGUUUUGAAGUGUAACAAAGUGGGUGUGAUUCAUUUUCAUAGUCAUUCACAUUCUCUGGUGCCGGCUGUGGAUACUUUCGGUAAUGGUAAGGUGGCGGCGACGAAUAAUAUUGUUUUCAGGUUAGCGCCGGGGACGACUGUGGGUGGAGUAGGGCUUUCACAAAGGUAUGCAAAUGUGAUUCUUUUCACGGAGAGGAUUGUGCAUGCUGCGGCAGCGAUUGGAGAAGACGCGCGGAAGUUGUUGUAUGAGAUGUUGCCGGAGGGAUUGCAGAUAAAGUUGAGAGGGAAAUUGAGGGAGAAGUGGUUGAAAUGGGAGGAGGGGGUGGAUAGUUUGGUGGGAGAAGAGGAGGAGGGGAAGUCGAAGGCGAUGGAACGGUGGCGCGAUGCCGCGGAGGAGGUGAUGGAAUGGUUGGCACCGUUGGCGCAUGAUACAUUGAAGUGGCAGGCGGAGAGGAAUUUAGAGAAGCUAAAAUUUGAGACUAAACCAACUGUUUUGUUGUUGCAAACUUUGCAUUAUUCGAAUUUGGAGAAAGUGGAUGAAGCUAUUGUGGAUGUUUUGGUGGGGAUGAGUUGUAUAUAUUGGUGCCAAAAACAAUGGUAG